AUGGCCGAACGCCCGGCCAAAUCAGGGUCAUCACGAAAGCGAGCCCUCGUGAGCUGCGACCGCUGCAAAAUCCGACGGGCACGGUGCAUACGCGAAAAUGCCGAGGUGCCAUGUGCGGACUGCAAGGCAAAUGGCGUGGUGUGUGAAUCGAAGCUUCCACGUAAACAGAGGGUCUAUGGCAGUGUGGAGACCCUCAGCUUACGCUACAGAGCCCUUGAGUCGCUAGUCAAAGGCCUCUUUCCGGAUGAGAAUGUUCAGGACACAGAGACCCUGUUCAAGAUCGCCACGACCAGGAACAUUGCUAUGCCCGCGAGCGACGACUUUACUCCCGCAGACAUCUUCAGCAGUAGCAGUAGCGAUAGACAGACUUCCUCGCUGGAACAGCAACAACAACAGCAACACUCAUUGCAGCCAUCGCCAGCCAUUACCAUGGGAAUGCAUCGAGACAGCACGAACGUCCAAUUCGAACCCAUCGAAUGUAAUACGCGCCGACAAGUCUGGUGGUCCCUCUACAUAUUCGAAAAGACACUGUGUGGCAUAUUGGGCCGCCCAACAGUGAUUGAUGACCGAGAGAUGUCGAUGAAAGUCCCAGACGCACCAAUGCUAGAGCAAACGCGCAUCAACGCAGCAUUCAUGAAUCUCUGUUCCGACCUGGUGUCCACAUCGUACCGCAUUCGACAACGUGCCUAUUUCGACAAAACUUCUGCCGAGGAACGGUCCCCGACCAUCGCUGUCGCCAUGGCCCUACUACGGGAGUGCGACAACUUCUUCGCAAAGAUACCUCAGCACAUGUCAAUAGAAGACAUGCCAGGGCACCCAGAUCUGAAAGCAAUGACAUUAUUGCUACACGUCUACUAUUACUACACGCGUUGUGUCAUCUCCCGAGACUUUCUCAUACAAAAGGUCGAGAGCAACGUCUGCUUCCUGGAGAACAAAGCGCCUCCAAUUUCAGAAGACUGGUCUACAACCCUAAUCCUGGCGGAGGACUGUGUCGAAUCAGUACACAAAAGCCUCCAAUGCAUCACCAUCGGCAUCGAGCUGGGGAUAUUCGAGAUUAUCGGUUACUCCUGGCUUGACUUCUUCUUCGUAUUCCACGCCGUGUUAAUCGUAUGCGCAGAUUUUCUUGCACGGCCCAAGGGCCAAACCGAUUCACCGAAAGACGUCGAACGUAAAGCGACAGUGCGCACUGUGCUCGACCAGGUCCGCGGAAUGCAGAAGCUCGCACCUACGUACAAGACCCUUGGCCGGAUUGCGCUGCAAUUCGCCACAAUAACUGGUGUUACUCAGGAUAACGAUUCGCCAACAGUACCGGAUGUGCCAGAGGAGGGGCCUCUGGACAGUGUGGUAGACAUGGCGGCCGAGGAAAGAACGGACAAUGCCGACAUACUCGAUAUAGGGAAUGAUUGGUAUACAGACGCGACUGCCGAUUUGGGAUUAGACUUCUUCGACCUGAGUCAGGCGACACAUCCAGGGUCAUUCCCCAUCAUGGAUCCUCCGUCGCGUUCUGAAAACACGGGCGAUCAGACAGGCGACGUGGUGGACGAUUGGACAGACAGGGCGCUAAAGGGAAUGCACACGCUAUAG